AUGGGUAAAGUAACAACUUCAAGAGCUAAGAAACAGAGACAUGAUCCUCUUGUGAAAGAUCUGAAAGAAGCUGAAGGUAGGCUAAAGAAGGUUAGGAAAGAUGAAGGAGAUGAUAAUACCAAUGGCGAGGAAUUUAUUGACGACAAGGCCUCUAGAAAGAUUCUUCAAUUAGCCAAGGCCCAACAAGAAGAAAUUGAAGAAGAGAAUGAAAAGGAAAGUCAGGACGCUAAGUUCCAAAAUGCUAGAUUCAAAGUUAUCACAUAUGAUAAUGACGAUGAAGAGGAGGAAGAGGAAGAGGAAGACUUUGGAGAGAAUAUAUCUGAUUUUGAGCCUGAAGAAGGUGAAUAUGUUGAAGAAGAAGAGGUUGUUGAAAUAGACGAGGAAGAUGCAGCAAUGUUUGAACAAUAUUUCAAGAAAGCUGAUGAUUUUAACUCUGUAAAUGGUAGUUACAACCUGGCUGAUAAGAUCAUGGCAUCCAUCAGAGAGAAAGAAAUGGAAUUGUCGAACAAAGGCAUGGAUGAAGAUGAUAAUGAAGGCGGAUUCGCAGAGCCUGCUCCUAGGGUACAAGAAGGUGUUGAACUACCAGAGAAGGUUAUCAGAGCAUACACCACCGUCGGUUCAAUCUUGAAAACUUGGACACAUGGUAAACUUCCAAAGUUAUUCAAGGUUAUUCCUUCUCUAAAGAACUGGCAGGAUGUCUUGUAUGUUACCAAUCCUGAAGAAUGGUCACCACACAUUGUCUAUGAGGCUACAAAGCUGUUUGUCUCUAACUUGCAAGCCAAGGAAGCUCAAAAAUUCAUUAACAUGGUGUUGCUCGACCGAUUCAGAGAGAAUAUCGAAACUACCCCAGACCAUUCAUUAAACUACCACAUUUACCGUGCUAUCAAGAAAUCGUUAUACAAACCAAGUGCAUUCUUCAAAGGUUUCUUAUUUCCUCUAGUUGAAUCUGGUUGUAAUAUACGUGAGGCAACUAUUGCCGGUAGUGUGUUGGCUAAGGUGUCUGUUCCUGUAUUACACUCUUCAGCAGCUUUAAGUUAUUUACUAAGACUGCCAUUCACUCCAGCUACCACUGUAUUCAUCAAGAUAUUAUUAGACAAGAAAUAUGCCUUGCCAUACCAAACUGUCGAUGACUGUGUUUACUACUUCAUGAGAUUUAGAAUUUUGGAUGACGGUAGUAAUGGUGACGAUGCAACCAGAACUCUACCAGUGAUAUGGCACAAGGCAUUCCUUGUAUUUGCUCAAAGAUACAAGAACGAUAUAACACAAGACCAAAGAGACUUCUUGAUAGAGACUGUGCGUCAAAGAGGGCAUAGAGACAUAGGUCCAGAAAUUAGACGUGAACUUCUAGCUGGCUCUAGUAGAGAAUUUGACUCAGAACAACCUCCUAAAGAUGAUAUCAUGGUUGACGUGCGUUAA